CAAACUUCCCAAGGAACACCCAAAACUCUUUGUGAACAUCCCUUUGUAAAUAACUUGAGAAUUUGAAGGAGAUAGACCGGGAAACCUCCACGACAACAGAAGAAAUGGCAGAAGUUCUUGCUGCUUUGAGGUCUCUAAUGGCCGCUCACUCCCCUCAUCUAGAUGCCUUGAUCGUUCCAUCCGAAGAUUAUCAUCAGAGCGAAUUUGUAUCUGAACGUGACAAAAGGCGCGCGUUCGUUUCUGGAUUCACUGGAAGUCAAGGUUUGGCACUUAUCACAAAGGUUGAAGCUAGACUGUGGACCGAUGGCCGUUAUUUCUUGCAGGCGGAGCAGCAGCUUAGUGAUCAGUGGAAGCUUAUGCGUAUAGGAGAGGAUCCUGCUGUGGAUGUCUGGAUGGCUGAUAACCUGCCAAGAGGUGCAGCUGUUGGUGUUGAUCCCUGGUGUGUGUCAGUAGCCACUGCUGAAAAAUGGGAACAUGCUUUUGCCAAAAAGCAACAGAAGCUAGUGCAAACCACCACCAACUUGGUAGAUAAGGUUUGGAAGAAUCGACCAGCAGCAAAAAUAAAUCCUGUUAUUGUUCAUCCAUUGGAAUUUGCUGGUCGUUCAGUAGCAGAGAAGUUAAAGAAUCUGAGGGGACAGCUUGCCAAUGGGAGUGCUCAUGGAAUAAUCAUAACAGCACUCGAUGAGGUUGCUUGGCUGUACAAUAUUCGCGGGAGUGAUGUGCCCUACUGUCCAGUUGUUCAUGCCUAUGCUAUAGUAACAUCCAAUUCUGCUCUCCUUUAUGUGGACAAGAAGAAGGUGUCUUCUCAGGUAAAAUCUUCCUUGGAAGAGAUUGGUGUUGAAGUUCGAGACUAUGGUGCUGUCAGUUCAGAUGUUGUCUUGCUUGCAUCUAAUCGGCUUGGUACUUUAUCUGCUCUUAAAAAAUUUCAUGAAGUUCUAAAGGAUGGUGGAAUAGUUUCUGGUGAAACAGACAUUAACAGAAAACCUACAAGUGAAGAAGAAGAAAAGAAGGGUGAACUCAUAUGGGUUGAUCCUGGUUCAUGCUGCUAUGCUUUGUAUUCAAUACUAGAUAUUGAUAAGGUGCUGCUGCAACAGUCACCCCUGGCCCUUGCAAAAGCCUUAAAGAACCCAGUCGAGCUGGAAGGGUUAAAAAAUGCACACAUUCGGGAUGGUGCAGCGGUAGUGCAGUUUCUAGCAUGGCUAGAUAAGCAGAUGAAGGAGAGUUAUGGGGCUCCUGGUUAUUUCGCAGAGGUUGUUGGAGCAAACAAGACAAAGCAUCAGGAAACCAUAAAACUGACAGAGGUGACGGUAAGUGACAAGUUGGAGGGUUUUCGAGCAUCAAAAGAGCACUUUAGAGGCCUAAGUUUUCCUACCAUUUCCUCUGUUGGUCCAAAUGCUGCCAUCAUCCACUACUUACCACAAGCAGAGACAUGUGCAGAGCUUGAUCUGGAUAGCAUAUAUUUAUUUGAUUCCGGAGCACAGUAUCUAGAUGGAACAACAGAUAUAACUCGGACAGUUCAUUUUGGAAAGCCUUCUGCACAUGAGAAGGCCUGCUAUACUGCGGUUCUCAAGGGCCAUAUCGCUUUGGGUAACGCUGGAUUUCCUAAUGGAACAAUUGGUCAAACUCUUGAUAUUCUUGCUCGCAUUCCUUUAUGGAAGGAUGGUCUUGAUUAUCGACAUGGUACUGGUCAUGGAGUUGGGUCUUACCUAUACGUCCAUGAAGGACCUCAGGUGAUUAGUUUCAGACCACGUACUCCAAACGUGCCACUGCAAGCUUCUAUGACUAUAACAGAUGGUUAGUGUCAUGUUAUUCCAAUACUUUCGUCUGGGCUACAUGAACUGCCUGUUUGUUGUUCCAUUGUUGACUAUACCUGGGGUCAUAUCUCUGUUAAUAUUGGGAAACAUAUUUACUCAGUAAUUGCUCUGAUGCUUGGUUUCUAAUCUCCUUUCAUACAUAUCGGUCCCCUGUUUUCAGCCACUCACUGUGUGAGGGCAUUCUCAUUGCACCUACCUUCUUUUUUUUUGGUUCGGUUUUUCUCUUGUGCAUGGAGAUUUCUACCUUUUGAUAUUGUUGAAAGUCUAUUCAAAAAAUUCCCUUACUGUAAUGUCAAACUAAUACAGUCUACACUUGUUUUGAAUGACUUCAUGUCAUUUCAUUCAAUACAUCCUUCUGAGAAUAAAAAAGUAAUAUGGAAAAUUCAUUUAUCAGAACCUGGGUACUAUGAGGAUGGGAACUUUGGUAUAAGAUUAGAGAAUGUGCUGAUAGUGAAGGAGGCUGGUACGAAAUUCAAUUUUGGUAAUAAGGGCUACUUAUCAUUCGAGCACAUAACAUGGUUUCUCUCACAUCCAGGCACCAUAUCAGAGUAAGCUAAUUGAGUUGAGCCUACUUACACCAGAAGAGAUAGAAUGGCUGAAUAGCUACCAUGCAAAAUGUAGGGAUAUUCUUGCCCCCUUCAUGAAUGAAAAUGAGAUGGCAUGGCUCAAGAAAGCCACUGAACCUGUGAGUGCUUAUGGUGGUGGAACCUGGGUUUUCCCCAGGAUGUGGCCUUGUAUUAUACUGUAGACAGUUUACUAAUAAAAAUAACAAUAUUAA